GCAUCUGCCAUCGUGUUUAUACACGAAUAACGGACCGAUCAGCUGUUUUUGGUCUUUGUUUUGGUUGCUAUUCUUUGAUUAGAAAUUAUGCGAGAUUUAUUUUCAACUAUUGAACUAGACGUUUAGUGCAGCAAUGGGGGACUUUCAAAAUAUUUGUUAGGUUGAAAUUAUAAGCAACCAUAAUAUAUGCUCUAUUGAGUUAAUUCAAAAUUGGUGAUCAUUUAACUGUACUACGAAACCAACUGCAAUGUUUUCCCGGCAAGCUUUUUUCCCGCUAAAACCACCUUUCUUGUUUGUUCUACGGACAAAAUUCACCAGCAGAGAAGAGUUAUAUAACAAAUGCUAUAUGAUUCUUGGUGUGACGGAACAAUCGGACCAGAAUACGGUACGCCAGGCGUACAUUACGCUAGUCAAGAAGGUGCACCCGGACAGUGGCCACCCGGAGGCAAAUGCAGAAAAGUUUCAAGAAGUUGACGCGGCGUUUCGUAUAUUGCAGCAAAAAUUUGCCAAAGCUCGCCGGGGUAUCGUUGAGGAUAUGCAGGAUAAGGUGAAAGUGUUCGAUAUUCGCCACACAGCUCCGCAGCAUCGUCAGUAUUUAAGCUUUGAUGGGAUAGGUAUCGGUACACCGGCACAGCGGCAGAAACAGUAUCAGACCGUCCGCGCUCAGCGUGCCCAGGAAAGAGUCCUGGAGCAUCGCAUGUCUAAGGCACAGGCUUCCGAAAUGUCUGUCAUGAUAAAGGGGGAAUAUUUUAAGAAGCAUGAAAUCAAGACUAAGUACGGUUUUGAUAGAGUCGUGGAAGAUUUGAUACAGGAAGCGAUGUCCAGGGGUGAUUUCAGCAAUUUAUCCGGCUUCGGAAAACCGUUACCUGACCACCAAAGUCAGAAUCCUUAUGUGGAUUUUACCACAGCUAAAAUCAACAAAAUUAUGCUGGACAAUGGCUUCACGCCAGAAUGGAUCACGCUGCAUAAGGAUAUCCGGGAGGAUACGGCGGAAUUGAGCAACAGUUUGAUGAAGGAACGUGCAAAACUAGGCGAGGUACCACUAAGUCCACAGGACGAGUAUCGAUGGACAAAGGUGCUGGAGGUUCACACAACAAUGGUCGAUAGGAUUAAUAAGAAAAUCGAUAAGUUCAAUUUGAUCGUACCGGUGUUGAACAAGCAGAUGGUUCGGUUGGACUCAUUGCAGUUGGGACGAAAGAUACUGGAGACUGGAAAACACAGCGGACAAAUUGAGAAGGAAGAUCAGUUGCUUUCUUCGGUGAAUAAAACACAGGAAGACGGCAAGACGUACAACAUAUUUAGUUUUAUUGGGUCGUUGUUGAAAUAAACAAAUAUCACGUAAAUUUU